ACUGUACCACAUACUUUAAAUAUGGUGUUUGCAACAGUUUUUUCUCCUCUCUAUACUGGGCAAAGAGCAGGUGUCUAUUUCCUGGAGUCGCAGAGCUGCACUGAGCUUCGGGUUGCACAGACAAGCUUCUCUCGCCUGGCUUGAAGAGAGGUGAGAUCUUCAGCUUUUGUGUAUAAAGGUUAUUUAACACUUGAGAACAUUAAAGUCUUGGGCAAUGGAAACAUCUUUAUCUAUUAAAUCAAGCGCUGUUGAAGAUGUACAGUACGAUGGAAGGGUGGAGAAUUGGGGAAUACAUUUAAUUAAGCUUUUCGUGUGCUUAUAUGUUGCUUGAGUGCAAAAAUAAAAAUCAUUUGAUCGUAUUUAUAUUUCACAAUGGACUUGAGACAACUGCAUCUGCCUCCCAGUGAAUGUACGUAUCGAUUUUUUUGCUGUGUUUCUGCUGGUUAACGUGGUAUGCACACUGUUGGCACGAACCUGUACUUUCGAAAGCUGGCACCGGGGUGGGGGGGGUUAGUACUGCCAAUUCACUGCUGCUCUUGGGUCCUGGGUUCGUUUCUUUCGGGUGUUCUCCUUGGUGGAGUCUGCGUGCUCUCCCUGGGGGUGGGGUGAGUUUUCUCAUCUCCCACAGACUUGCUGGUUAGGGUCAUGGGUGUGCCCUGCAGGGGACUGGCAUCCUGUCCGGUGUGCCCCUGACCCUGAUCGGAACAAUGCGGGAGCAGAAGUCCAUCGACCCCCAGGCUGGAAGCGGAGUGUGGCUGCCUGGCCUCUUCUCUGCGCCGCGGUUUCAACGUCCUGUUGAAGCUGGUCCGCCUUCUGUCCUGAGGAGGGUUUGCUUGGGAGCUUUGCUCUUUCUCUUACUGCCUGGGGCGCGGUGGGGGGAGAGUUGUGUCAGCAGUGAAGGUCUGGAUGUUGGGCCCUGUGAUUAAAGCCCUGCUGAGCUCGAUGCUGCAGUGAGACCACGCGGCCCGAGGUAGAGUAACCAGCUGGCCAGCCUGCUGGCCCCCAGGGGCCUGUGCUCGGCGUUCCGUUUUCCCUUAGCUCCUCGUCUCGUCCCCAGGAGGUGGCCACAGCAUGCCCAGCCCGCAGGAGCUGCAGGAGCUGCAGGAGAUCGAGCAGGAGCUGAGGCGGCUGCAGCUCAAGACCCAGCAGCUGAAUGACCGGCGAGCGCUGCUGUCCAUGCUGCAGAGCUUCCAGGAGGACACCAAGAUCAUCGCCCCUUCUGGCAGGAAGAAGAAAGCAGACGGAUCGGGGAAGAAAUCGGAGCUGGAGGAGAUCGAGGAGGAACUGGAAGCUCUCUCGGAGAAGGAGGAGGAUCUCCUUGCCAGGAAAGAAGAGAUCCUCUACCCAGAUGGUCAGAAACAAGCGGUCUCCAAGCUGAACGGCAUGGGGGUGUUCGUCCUCCCUCGCCUGGGCAGCGAGAUGCCGGACGUGCCGCCCCCCCCGCCCGCGCCAGCGCCCUCCGUCAUCUUUGAUGUGGAGAUGCUGCCCCCUCAGGCGUCCCAGACGCAGUGCCCGUCCUGCCACCAGUUCAUCACCACGGAGGUCUUCACCAGGGUGGGCAGCGUGGCCUGGAUGGUCUGCUUCAUGUCCAUCUUGUUUGGGUGUGUGGCCGGCUGCUGUCUCCUUCCUUUCUGCACUGACACGUUUAAAGAUGUAGUCCACAAUUGUCCGAAGUGUCGUGCCCAGAUCCACACCAACACCAAGCUGUAAGCCUGCACCUGGGGACAGGGCGGUGCUGUGCUGAGAGGCGGGGGGCCCGUCCAGCGGUCCCGGCUCUGCGGCCACAAGGAGAAGCAGGACAGGGCUGGGGGAAGGGACUGGAGUAGACCCGAGGAACAUCUCUGAGCUGGACCACGGAUGAACUUGUACAGCUCUGCCCUGGCAUUGGGGAAACGCCUGUAAAUUUAGACAGAUAUUGCAUGGGACGUGAAACCGCAUGGCUCGUCCUGUGAACAUUUAAUCCUCCUGUUAUAAACCUGAUAAAUGAAUGAAUAUUAUUUCUGUAAGCAGAACCAGAAAUGACGAUUUAAAGGAAGAAGCGAAUAGAACGCGCUAGUCCUCUGUACUGUAUUCUCUGGGGAAUGGUUACGAGAUCAGCCAGAGAUAACGACACUAGCAAACAGAAGAACAGUCCUCUUCAGCUGCACCCGGGCUGAUCUGCAUUAAUUAAACAAAUUGUAAACCCCUGUGCUGUCUUGCGCAACAGGAUUGAAUCGGAUUUCUGGAGGUUUUAUUCUGCUCAGUUCCACGAAAGAAGGGCAGGGCUCAGCCGGUGAGUGACACUGCUGUGCUCUGUAGGCGUUGGUUGGGAGCAGGUCGGUUUUCCCCCGUUUUGAGCACGUCUGAAACAUUCACCAACCUCCUGCAGGAGAGGAGAGCUGGCGCUGCUUCAUGCUGACCAGCCCGAAGGGCUCUCUGUCCUCUCUCCUGCCUGCUGACCUCCAGGGCUGACGAAGCCUCAGAGCUCCGUUCUUGCGUCACUCCACUUCUCCCAGCCUGCACCUUGAGAGACGCGCGAACAAAACUCUCUUCUUAAAACCUUCAUCACACAAAGUGCUUGUAAAGCCAGAUCUCUUGUUUUUUUUGCAUAAAAUGCAAACUUUUAUGAUUACCUAUGCAAUACAACGAAACAGUGGAAAUAAAAGUAACAUCUGUUAAAAAUAAUGCUUGGAGUUGCACUUGUCUUUUUUUAGAAAUGACCCGCUACCAUGUGGAUCUUAAUGUCCCUUGUUUAACCGUGGGUGAAACUGUAGGUCAGGGGUUCAUAACCCUGUUCCUGGGAUCCAUCAAAACUAACAUUGAUUAAUUGAGACCUUUGAAAGUUUUUUCCUACCCAGACGUUGGGAGAUCUUAGGUUCUUAAACACAAAUGGUUAAACUGCAACUGUUAAGGAACUGAAACCAAUCAAAAGAGUUCAAAUUAAUAGUGGGUUUAAUUCUGUAUCUGUAACGGAUCCAGCUCUGCGGGAAUGAACCCCCG